AUGCUGAAGGAAGACGUAAGGCUGAUGUAUGACAUGGGCUUAGAUGCAAUCCGACUCUCCAUCUCAUUGUCACGGCUUAUACCAAAUGGAAGAGGUCCGGUGAAUCCUAAGGGUUUACAGUUCUACAAAAACCUAUUUGAUGAGCUCAAAAGGCAUGGAAUUGAACCCCAUGUUACAUUGUAUCACAAUGACCUCCCUCAAGCCCUUGAAGAUGAAUACAGAGGAUGGCUUGGCCGAAAAAUCAUCAAUGACUUCACAGCUUUUGCUGACGUUUGUUUCCGAGAGUUUGGGAGUACAGUGAAAUUCUGGUCAACAAUUAAUGAGCCUAAUAUGCUAUCAUUGGUAGACUAUGGACCUGGACUUAUACCUCCUAUUGUGAAGGUCAACUCCUUGAGAGGAUACACUUCAACCGAGCCAUAA